GAAGGAAAAAAAAACACUUGCAUGCAAGAUUCAUCGUGAAUUCUGAAAUGGAAAUGGAAAUGUCCGAUAUUCAUAUACCCGAGUAUCUGGUGGAGGACAUGCUCUCCAGGCUUCCAGUGAAAUCUCUGAAACGAUUCAUGUGCGUGAGCAAAUCUUGGUGCGCUUUCAUCCAAAGCCCUACUUUCGUUGCUCAUCACCUCCAUCGUUCACGUCGAACCGGUACGAAUGCAUUUCUGCUCGUCAAGCGCCUGCAGGACCAAAUCACCAGAAAGAAUGUGGUGCUUUCCUUGAUCCCAGAUCACAGUCACGAUGAUCAUGAGGUGCUUGACGUGCCGCUCAAUCUGGGUUAUCUUCCGUUUUUCAAGCACGAGAACUCGCAAAAUUUGUACAUUUUGCGUGCCUGCAUCAAUGGCAUAGUCUGUCUCUACAAUGACCGCUUUGAUGGAAACAUCAUCUUCUGGAACCCAGCCAUGAGAGAGUUUAAGGUCCUCCCUGCACGUCCUAUAUGUUGUCCACCACAGGCGGACUACGAUGUCCAGGGUCUUGGGUUUGGUUAUGAUCCCAAAGCUGAUGACUACAAGCUGGUAAGGACGGUGUACAUCUGGGAGGUUCACGGCCCACUCUACCCUCUCCUGAUCGAGGUAUACAGCCUAAGGACUGAUUCCUGGAGAAAAAUCGACCCGGUUUUGAAAGUUUAUCCGAGUCGGUGGGGCAGGCCCGGCAGUUUCUGUUCCGAGCUGUACCUGCAAGGAGCUUAUCAUUGGCUGCUGUGUAAAUCCAUCCUAGCCUUUGACAUGAGCGAGGAGGUGUUUCGAUUGAUGCCGUUGCCUGAUCUGGGCAGUCUUUGGGAUGUGAAGAUUGAGAAGAGUAUUGCUGUAUUGAACGAUUCCAUCGCUUUGAUUAUUCGUCUGGUGGAAGGAACGGAGAAAAGCUUUGAUAUAUGGGUGAUGUGUGAGUACGGCGUCCAGGAGUCAUGGACUAAGCGGUUUAAGAUUGGACCCGUUUCAGGAGUCAACAGGCCAUUGGGAUUUGGGAAGAAUGGUCAAUUUCUUCUGGUAGAUGACAAUGGAGAAUUAGUCUCUUGUAACCUCGAUUGCAAACAGAUUAAGAAUCUUCACGUUAAAGGGGACAUUCCACAUUCUUUACAGGUUAUAAAUUAUGUGGAGACUUUAGUUUCAGUCCAGGGAGAGAAAUUAGCAUGAGAAUUAAGCCUAAGGUUAUACAUGUAUGCAUAUCAGAUCUAGCUAAAGAUCAUGCGAUUAUCGAUUCUGGUGUUGGAAAACGAUGUGUGAUUCAUGAUAACUCUAUUCGUUUUUUCUUGGGUUAAGAUAGAAUUUAAGAACCUUGAGAUAAUCAAUUCUAGUUUCAAAGCAAAGCAGAGCUGUACAAAGUGUGCGAUAACGAUGAUCAUGUGGGGGAUAACGUAGUCGAUCUUGAUGAUUUUGAAAGCAGGCUAGGCGGUGAAAAUCAUGUUGAACUGCCCAAAGUAACUAAUAAAGGAAAUUAAAGAGUUCGUGGCACUA